AUGUCAAAAUCAGAUUUGUUGUUAUCAGAGCUAUCCAAAUUCCAAUUCCAUUCCUCGUCCUCAAUCAGAUUUUUUCCCCAUACUGUGAACCUUAUCGCAAAGGCUUUUCUUUCUUUCUUCUACCGUCAGCCAAAGCGGAAACGACAAGUGAAGGUCGCAAAACGAGGCCGUAAAUGUCCCUCUGACAACAAUGACAUCAUAACUCUUGAAGAUGGUUUGGAAAAUGCCGAGCUCACCCCUCUAGAGCAAGAACUCCUCGACGAGGAGUGUGGUGGCCCUGCAAACUCUGAAGACUCAGCUGAAACAGCCACAUCAUCAACAGUUUCGGACGACGUUGAUGAAGCAAAGUAG